UUCGUGAGCAUUUGCGGUGAAACUCUCGUUCAGAUUCUCCGCGGGCUUGUGUGCCGUUAUCGGUUGUGUUGAAUAACAUCGAACAACCACGUGCUUUGCUUGUCGUAACAUACAUGGAGUGUUUGCCUGUCUUGCGUCUUUUCAUGUGACAUACCGGCUGCUUAAUCAGAAAAUAUACCCAAUGGAAAUAAAUAUAAAAUAGAUGGUAUUCCUUGCGCAUUAGCAGGUAGAUUAUAUGCUACCCCCUCCUUGCAAAUACUAACUAAUCCGAAUAUUGAUUUGUGACACGACAUUAAGAGAUGCUGUGAAUCUAUAUCAGGUACAACUGUCUCAGAAAAAUAAAUAUGUUCAUAACAUUUAAUUUGUAUUAUUACAAAUUAUAGCGAAUUCUGGAAUUUCACAUGCUUUGAAAUUUUUAAUAUUCAGACAGGCAAUUUUGGGAGAAUUUGUAUACAGUAGCGCUAUUGUUUGUACAGUAUAUAUGUGCAUCUGAUUUGAGUGUUCGUUUACUACUCAAUUGGAUACUGUUCCCGCUUUUCACUGGAUACAAAUAAUAUUUUUUUGCUUUCAUAUGAUUAGCAUAUGAUAUCCUCGAAAUCGCAAUGGUACAGUGCGUUGUGAACAAUUUGAGUUUGCCGUUUUAGGAGUCGUCAUGCUUAAUUGGUGUACUGUUGCAUAAUACCGCGUCAUGGAAAGCGGUACACCCUCCAAAAGCAAAAAGUGCAACAAGGAGCGGUGCACCAGCCCGAAGAAGCAUGGCCCUAAGUCUCCAGAGCACAGUUUGAAAUCUCCAGAGCAUGAUCCCAAACUCUGGCAAGCCAAAGAGCAGGUGUUGAAUAUGCCCAGCCCGCGUCGGGAGUUCAGAGAAUGCAUGGUCAUGAGAAACAGCAACAACAACAGCAGCAAUAUGAGGUCCCAGAGCAACAACGACACGUCCAGCAGCAACCAUUCCAUGUGCUGUGGGCCGGAUAAGAAGGGGGAAGGUUUCUCGAGAAUGGCAGUGUUGUACUUUAUGUUCUUCUCCAGCGUCUUUGUGCUGGCCAUCAUCGGUCUACGGAUGUUUACCAUAGAGGAUAAACUUUUGAGGUUGGACACGGAUUACCAGCAACAGCAGAUGAGAAUAGAAGCCCUUGAGGAAAAAAUUAGCCAGCUGACGAAGAAGGGCGACGAGAGUAUCGACUAUUACGGACAGAGAAGACGCACCAAGAGGGAAACAGCAGAAUGCAUUUGUCCUCCAGCGCCAGAUGAUGAGGGUUAUUCUUCACAGUACUUCCGUCAGUUAGGAUAG